AUGCAUCUAUUCGGUGUGAUCAUUAUAAUAAUCUAUCUAUCUAUCUAUCUAUCUAUCUAUCUAUCUAUCUAUUCGAAUCUCUUCAAUAUCUAUCUAUCUGUCUAUCUAUCUAUCUCUAAUCUGUUCAACAUCUAUCUAUCUAUCUAUCUAUCUAUCUAUCUAUCUAUCUAUCUAUCUAUCUAUCUAUCUACUCAGCAUGAUCAGUACCAUGAUCUAUCUAUCUAUCUAUCUAUCUAUUUUUUUGAUUCUUUUCUUAAAAUUCAAUUUCAUUGUAAGCGGUUAUGUGAAUUGAUGUAUUCUUUUCCCCCCAGCGCCCCCCCACCAACCCUCUCUUUUUCUUUUUCUUUUUCUUUUAUACAUUUAGCCACCUCGAAACGAAGAACAAAAUCGACUAGAGAAUAUGAUAUAAUAGCUUUACUUGAUGUUGAAGAAUCGGAUCAGCUUGAACUGAAUUUGAAUAUGCGGUAUUGGUUUACAGAGGAAUUCUUGGUCAAAUACACUGCGUUACACUUGCCUAUCAAUAAAACACACUGCCCAGAUAUUAACCUACAUAGACAAGCGGAUAUUAACACAUAUUCCUUAAAUUAA